AAGCUCGAGUCAAUGAAUUUUAUAUUACAAUGAUGAUAGACGAUCCACGCGCGGGAAAUUUGAACGGUUGUCGCGCGCAACGCGCGGCCCGGACAGAUGUGAUGGGCUGGCGCGAAGAGGGGGCAAGGGUCGUUUCAUCCCUCUCGCCGCGACAACACAGAAGGAUAGCCGCGCGCAAGCAGCUCGGGGGGUUUGCUCGUGCUUGUGGCAGUUGGCACUGACUCCGAGUCGAUGGAUUUGCAAACUCUGCGGCUGCAGCUGGGCGAGUGCGCGCGCGGCUUGUCAUAUCUCUCCUCCUGCAGCAGCAUUUCUUUCAUGUCACACAGUUCAGUAACCUUAAAUUAUUGUCAUUGUGUACGUAUAUGUGUGUGUGUGUUUGUGUGUUUAUAUGUGGAGUGCCAACGUCUCAACUGAAUUAUUCCGAACGAUUAGGCCAUCGGGUAUACAGCAGUGUGACAAGAAGCCGCUGCUGCCUUCUUUCAAGGGUAACUCACAGCACUAAAGCUAGAUGCGGUAUUUAGAGAGAAGUCGAGAAAAAAACCGCGCUCAACGAUGUGCGACGGAACUUCGCAAACCUCGGUCAGCCGGCAGAAUUUGGCGUUAAAAAGGAGCAUCGCUGAGUUGGGCCAGAGACGUCGCCACACAUCUGUCUUGAGCAGUGCCCGCAAUAACUCGGGCGCAAAUCCGUGACAAUGACUUUAAAGAAUGCGUCUAUUGAGUUUUGAGGCACGCGGCACAAACAUUUCGUCGUCGUCGAGGCGAUUCGUAUAUACCACCGCACUUACACACACGGUCAAAUAGACGAUAUGUACGAGAGAGGAGAGCCGCUGAUAUACACAUACAUUCGUAUGUAUAAGUAUUAAGCCGCGUGUGUAAAAGCAGCUCCACAAGUGGGGGAGAAGUACUAAACGGAGCUGCCGUUGCCGAGCAGAAUAUACAUCCUAUACAGGCAACUACGCGAUUCUUGCUUAUACAUCGUAUCAUAUAUAUAGUUAUAAUAAUCCCCCAUCGGCGUUUGCGGACUGCUGGAUCGAGCCACGCGCGCAGCAGAGAAGUGUCGUCAGUAGCAGCAGUACAAUAUCAGCCGCAGUGCGAGCUACCCACGUGUGUUCUAUCUCUCUCUCUCUCACUCCAUGACGUGCUAAAUAUCGUCAGUACGGUAAAUAACUUUUUUUCCACUUUGCAAGUUGUGCAUCGUAAAAACUAAGCAUAUUGUUAUUACAUGCACAAAUGCGGACGCAGCCGUGAGUGCGCGCUCGUGCUUGUUGGUGUGCUCGUUGUUGUGCCGUGUACCGAGACGUGGACUUGAAGUUUUCCAAGCCGACCAAAAAAAUAAAUAAAUUAGUUAAUUGAUAAUUGGAUACCGUUGAAUCUUCGGUAGAAGAGUCACAAAAGAAGAGCCAGAAAACCGAAUCCAGAAUGUCGACGAACGGAGAAAAGGAGGUGGCGGCCCAAGUCGGCCUGAAGCGAGAGCUCGGACUCUUCAGCGCUAUCAGCAUGAUCGUCGCUGUGAUGAUAGGCUCGGGCAUCUUCAUCACGCCGAGCACGGCGCUCAAGGAGACCGGCUCGAUCGGCUUCUGCCUCAUCGUCUGGAUCGUCAGCGGCGUGCUGUCGCUGCUCGGGGCGCUGGCCUUCGCCGAGCUCAGCUCCGUGGUGCCGCGCUCCGGGGCCGAGUACGCCUACUUCGUCGAGGCCUUCUCGCCGCUGCAUCGCUACCUGGGCCAACUGCCGGCAUUCAUAUGCUCCUGGGUAUUCGUGUUCAUCCUGCGCCCGGCCGAGGUCGCCGUGAUCACGCUCACCUUCGCCGAGUACUUCGUCCAGCCGUUCCGCGGCUACAUCGGCGAGAUCGACGAAGAGACUUACGCAUACGUAAAAAAAAUGAUCGCCAUCCUCGCGUUGGGCUUGAUGGUCUACAUCAACGUGAUCAGCGUCAAGCUCUACGUCAAGGUUCAAAACAUCUGCACGGCGUGCAAGGUGGCCGCCUGCUUCCUCGUCAUCGGUGGUGGCAUCUUCUGGCUCUCGAUGGGCCACACCGAGCUGCUCUCGGAGCCGUUCAAGGACACCAACACGGCGCCCGGCGCGAUCGCCCUGGCCUUCUACAGCGGCCUCUGGGCCUACGACGGCUGGACGGCCUCCGCCAUCGUCGCCGAGGAGGUCAAGAAGCCGGAGAUCAACAUCCUGCGUAGCAUCCUCGUCGCGGUGCCCGUCAUCACGGUGCUCUACGUGAGCAUGAACGUCAUGUACAUGGCGGCCCUGACGGUCCCGGAGAUGGUCAACGCCCCGGCCGUGGCCAUCGCCUGGGGCGACGUCGUGCUGCCCGGCUGGCUGACCUUCGCCAUACCCCUCGGCGUGGCCGUGUCCACUUUUGGCUGCGGACUCAGCAUUCAAUUCGGAGUCGCUAGGCUCUGCUACGUCGCCGGACAAGAAGGACACGUUCCCCGCUUCUUCAGCUGGGUGCACUACGAGCACAUGACGCCGGCAGCUGCGGUCGUGCUCCAGGGCCUGCUCACACUCGUCUGCAUGGUCUUCGGAAGCAUAGCCGAGCUCAUCGAGCUUGCCAGUUUCCUCAUCUGGGCGUUCUACGGCCUGGCCAUGGUCGCGCUUUUGGUUAUGAGGCGUACCAAGCCCCACGCCCCGAGACCCUACAGGGUGCCCACCAUCAUACCCUGCAUCGUACUCGCCGUCUCGAUCUUCCUCUCGGUCACGCCGAUGAUCGCCUACCCCACCUACCGGUAUCUCUUCAUCGCCUGCUUCAUGCUCGUCGGUUAUGUCGUCUAUCAUUACUACGUCUACGAGAAGAGAAAGAGCAAAUUUUCGCGCAAACUCACGUAUCUGGUGCAGAUGCUGUUCAUGGUCGUGGCUCCCGACGAGGACGACUCGACGACCGGCUCCUGCGCCACGAGCAGCGAGGACCAGACCGCCUCGGCCGAGAAGGAGAGGCUCGCCGUCGAGGACGAGAUCGCCGCCAGAUAAUAGGAUCUCGCGCUUUUUAGCGUCGAUUAAUGUUAGUUUAAGCGAUCAACUGCCAAUUAUACACAAGUAUAUAUAUGGAUGUCGAGGGUGGAAGCGAAAGUGAGAAAAUCCGUGUACAGAGUUUUUACCGAGACAACUUUUUAUCCAUUCCCUUGUUUAUAUAGCUGAAGUGAAUUUCAUGGUGCCGAGCGAGUAAAUGUAUAUUUAAAAGAAUUAAUUGUGUAUAGGAUGUCAAAUGUAUAUUACGAAUGAAAAAAAAAACAAGCGAGGUUGUGAAUUAAUUAAUUGUUUCAUCGUACGCAAGCUUCUACACUUGUGCGCGAUUACGAUAGCCCGCGAACGCGAUAAGAUAUUUCAUUCCGUACUACUACUACUACUACUACUGUAAUGCGCUGAAAAAAACUGCAUAGGCACACGCGCGAUCCAAUUCUUUUUUUUUUCAAUGAUAUAAUAAGUGCCUAACGUAAAUCGUACACUGAUGCAUUUUUUUAUCAUUUUUUAAGCCUACUGUAUUUUUCCUUUAAUUUUAAAUAAAACUUAAGUUUUUUUCCUGUACCGUAUAACUAUUCUAGAUCAAUCAUGUCCGAGACGUGCAUUACUUCGUUGUAUGAAAUCUUUGUUUUUAUUUUCGUUUUUUUUUUAAGCUGCUUUUCCGAUAAUAUUCGCCGCUCGGGCGAUAAAGUGUGCCAAGAGUGAGCAAAUUUUUAUUAAUAGUAAACUAAUGAAAGUUUGUACAGUCACUGUUGAACAUUUUUUCAUUGAAACUGUGUAAUGUAUUUUUAAGCGAGUGUAAAAAAAUUGUAUACGCGUGAUUCGCGUAUUUAUAGUACCUUAAAAAAAUAUGUAUAGAAUCCGAAUAAUACAGGACUGAAUGUUACAAAAACGGCAAAGAUGUGAAAAAUGAAAAUCAUGAUAAU